AUGAUUCUAAUAAGCGUGUAUUCAGCUAAAAGACUUCAGUACAAAUUAAAAAUUUCUAGCAGAUUUAGUCAUCUGACAGCGAGUGAUGUAAAUGAUAUGUACAUAUCCUCAAAAGCAAAUAUAUGCGAUAAAUGAGUAAACAUUAGUGGAAAUGACUGUUUUAGAACCGCUGUUGACGUAUACGUCAGAAUAAGAAUACCAAAGUUUUAUCUUUCCUUUCAUAUUAAGAAACUAUUUUAAUAACAAUUUGUUUUAGAAUUGAGAGAAAAUCAGCUAUUAGUUUUCUGACAUCAUGAUUUUGUUGAUAGGACUUCUGCUGACAGCUCUAACUUUUGCAGAUGGUAAAGGACAUUGUGUAAUGCUUGGAGAUUGUGCAGUUGAUGAUGACACUGGGCUUACACAACCAUGCGUGUAUGAUGGAAAUGCAGUCCCACUCCAUGAUACAGGUGCAAUAGACUAUUUAAAAGCUACCUGCCCAGAUCUUGAUACAGGUCCUGAUUUUGCAGUCUGUUGUAGUACCAGUCAAGUUAAUACCUUCCAAACACAACUUAACACUUUAGCUGCUUUAUUUAAACGUUGUCCAUCAUGUUACCAUAACAUAGCAAAUAUUUUCUGUCAGUUGGUUUGUUCACCAUCACAGAGUGAAUUUCUUAAAGUCACUAAUAGUUCAAGCUUCAAGACCAAACAGUCUGUGACUGAAAUGGAUUACUACCUGACAGAAAGCUUUGCUCAAGGCCUCUUCAAUUCAUGCAAGAAUGUACAAAUGUCUUUCACAUCCAAUCCAGCUGUAGGAAUAAUGUGUGGAGGUCACCUGACUGACUGUAAUGCUCAUUACUGGUUGGAAUAUAUGGGUGGUCAUGAUCCUUCUCCUUAUCAAAUAAAUUUCCGUCUUGAAAAAACAGAUAAUAUAACUGUAAAUGGAACUGUUUUCCACCCUAUGAACAAAACUAUCAUCCCAUGUUCUCAAGCUGUUGGUCCAGGUGGCAGUGCAUGUUCAUGUGUAGAUUGCCCGUGCAAUCCUGAACCUCCACCUGAACCCAACCAUGAUCACAGAGAACUUUUUGGAUUGCCUUUGUUAACAGCUGUCAUGAUUAUAAUAUAUCUCAUUGUUGCACUUAUAAUCAUUGGUGGAUUUCUUUGGAGCAGUUGUUCUCAAAAGAAACAUGAUGAUGAAAGGCUAAUAUGUGAUGAGGAAGUUUUAAAAAAGAGUGAAACAUUUUGUGAGUCGUGGGGAGCAAAAAUGGACACAUGGUUGAAAGAUGUUUUCACCCAGUGGGGAGUAUUUUGUGCAACAAACCCAGUCCUAAUUCUUUUAACUGGCUUAGCAGUUUUUGUAAUGUUUGCAUCUGGCCUUGUGUUCUUUACUGUUCGCACCAACCCAGUUGAAUUGUGGUCAGCACCAAACAGUCAAGCACGUGAAGAAAAAGACUAUUUUGAUAAUCAUUUUGGUCCCUUCUACCGAACUGAGCAAGUAAUUAUUACCCGGAAAACAAACACACCUGUUAUUGCAGAUAAUUUAACCUUCAGCUCUGUUUUUGACAGAAGAUUUCUUCAUCAGAUUUUGGAGCUUCAGAACAGCAUUACAAGUUUAACUGCUGUACGAAAUAAUAGAACUAUUCAUUUUGAGGAUAUAUGCUUUGCACCAGUGACUAAACACAAAUGCAUGAUUCAGAGUGCAGUAAACUGGUUUCAGAAUGACCCUGCUCACCUAGAUUACUAUAAAAGCACCAAAGAUUACCUAGAAUUUUUAAACAACUGCACUUCAAACCCAUUUUUUAUUCAGAAGAAAGGUCUGUCGUGCUUAGGUGAAUAUGGAGGACCUGUCUUUCCAUAUGUUGCACUUGGAGGAGUGGCAGAUAAACAUUAUAAUAAUGCGUCUGCACUGAUUUUAUCAUUUAUGGUACAGAACUAUGUAAAAGCUGAGGAUAAUGCUGAUGCUAUUGCAUGGGAAAAGAGGUUCAUUGAAUUUCUCAAAAACUUCAGUAAUCCGGAUAUGGAAUUUACCUUCUCAGCAGAAAGAUCAAUUCAAGAUGAGCUAGACAGAGAAAGUCAAUCUGAUGAAGCUACUAUUCUAAUAAGUUAUAUGGUUAUGUUUGCCUAUGUUUCAAUAACAUUGGGGCAGUAUCACUCACCUGGUCUUAUUUGUGUUAAAUCGAAGAUGUUGCUUGGCCUCACUGGUGUUCUUAUAGUUCUAGCUUCAGUGAUAUCAUCACUAGGCAUAUUCAGCUAUUUUGGAGUUCCAGCUACACUUAUAAUCAUUGAAGUUAUUCCUUUCCUUGUUUUGGCUGUAGGAGUUGAUAAUAUAUUUAUAAUGGUGCAAGCAUAUCAGCGAUCUAAGCGAAGAGCAUUUGAAACUCGAGAACAACAUAUUGGACGAAUUGUAGGGCAAGUAGCACCAUCAAUUUUAGUAGCCAGUCUUGCAGAAUCAUCAUGUUUCUUCUUAGGUGCAUUAUCACACAUGCCAGCUGUGCACGUCUUUGCAUUCUAUUCAGGAUUAGCUUUGGUUAUUGAUUUCCUGUUACAGAUAUCCUGUUUUGUUGCAGUGAUGUCACUUGAUGCUGCUAGAGAAGAAACAAAUCGUGUAGAUAUAUGCUGUUGUAUUAAGAUUGAUCAUCCAGAAACUGUACCAGAAAGAAAAGGCUGUUUGCACAAACUUUUUGAUGAAUACUAUGCACCUUUUCUAAUGAAGGAUACUGUUAGGUGUCUUGUGCUUCUGGUAUUUUCUGCUUGGGUUUGCCUAUCAAUUAGUGUACUUGGUGGAAUAAAUGUUGGGUUAGAUCAAAAGCUAGCAAUGCCUAAAGAUUCAUAUGUUCUUAAAUAUUUUUCUUCUCUUGAGGAAUAUUUGUCUGUUGGACCUCCUGUUUAUUUUGUUGUUAAAUCAGGAUUUAAUUAUUCAGAUGUGGAAGACCAAAGUAGUUUGUGCAGUGUAGCAUACUGUUAUCGUGAUUCUAUGGUGACUCAAAUUUCAGAUGCUUCGAAGUUUUCAAACAGAACAUACAUAGCUCAUCCCCCUCUGGAUUGGCUAGAUAAUUUCAUUAGUUGGGCUAAUGAUCAGACUGGCUGUUGUAGAAUUUAUCCCAAUGGAACAUUCUGCCCUUCAUCUGAGAAAGAUCCUCUUUGUGUACCAUGUAAAGCUACAAAUGAUUCGAAUUACAGACCUUAUCCCAAAACAUUUAACAAGUUCCUACUAGACUUUUUGAAUGAAAAUCCUUCAGCAGAUUGUCCUGUUGCUGGUCAUGCAGGAUUUGCAAAUGCAUUAGAAAUUAAAAAUGGUAGUGUUGGAGCUACUCAUUAUAUGACUUAUCAUACAAUAUUAAAAACAUCUGAUGAUUUUACAAAUGCUCUAAGAUGGGCUCGCAAAAUUGGAAAGAAUAUUACGCAGACACUUCAUUUGUUUAAUGUCUCAGAUCAUGAAGCUGAAGUUUUUCCUUACAGUGUGUUCUAUGUUUUUUAUGAGCAAUAUAUCACCAUCAUACAUGAUGCUGUUAGAAACAUAAUAAUUUCCCUUGUUGAUAUAUUUAUCGUCAGCUUCCUCCUUAUGGGAUUAGACUUCCAUUCAGCUAUGAUAAUAGUCUUCACCAUCUUUAUGAUUCUUCAAAAUUUGAUGGGUCUUAUGUUUUUCUGGGAUAUAUCACUGAAUGCUGUAUCACUUGUCAACCUUAUGAUGGCUGCUGGAAUAUCAGUGGAAUUUUGUUCUCAUAUCAUUCGAUCUUUUGCAUUCAACUGUGAAGGUAGCAAGGUAGAAAGAGCUCAGUCUGCUGUUGCACAUACAGGAAGCUCUGUAUUGUCAGGUAUUACACUAACAAAAUUUGGAGGCAUUGUGGUGUUAGCAUUUUCCAAGUCACAAAUAUUUCAAGUUUUCUAUUUCCGUAUGUACCUCGGUAUAGUUUUAAUAGGUGCUGCUCAUGGAUUGAUAUUCUUACCUGUUUUCUUGAGCAUUAUUGGACCACCAAGAAAGUAUAAGAAGAGCACAGUCCUGAAAGAGAAGCAUAAUCCUAAAAAGAAAGAUGAAGAUGAAAAUCCUGACGUCGCUAUUUUAACAUAAUACUAAAACUGUAAGAUUUACGGUGUUAAAGUAAAUGAGCAAAGCCAAGUUCAUGUAUUUCAGAUCUGUGAUUAAUAUAGUGCUCAUAUAAAGUAGAUGAUCUGUGUUAUUUAUGAACUCUCAUAUUUAUCAUAAUGUUUGAGAUCUUUAAAUGUUUAUUUAUAUUCCUUUAUUACAUUUUUUUGGUGUUUUUGUUUUAUCUAGAAUUAAUAUACAUUUUUAGCAGUUUAAAAUAUAAUAUAUCUAUAAUAUGUAAAGUAAAUAAUACUAUGAAAAUUUAUUAGCUCCAUUUUUUACUAUUACAGAAAAAAGUUUAAAUUCUGUAUUUUUCUGAUGUGAUUAUGAUCAUAUAUGAAUACUUUUCAUUUUUAAUUUUAUUUGUUAAUAUUCACUGUAUAUAAGAGCUGUAUAUAUUAAUAAAGUCUAACAAGUCUUUUAUUGGAUGUUCUAUUAGUCAACAUUUUUAAAGAAAGUGUCUAUUAAAUCUAUAAUUUUCUAAAUGCUUUUUAUAGUUCACAUCUAUUGCAUAAAAACAUUAAAAGUAUAACUGACUAAAUUGCUUUCUGUCUCAAUUUUGAAUAAGGUAUUAAACUACAAUGAGCAAAUGAUUUUGCUUUUCAGAGAUUUUUUUUAAGCAAAUACUACAUUUUAAAAGAGCAGGCAAAAAUUCAUAAGACAUUGUAUGGCUUACAGACAUUAUUAAACAUACAUUUCUUAAAAAUUCAUGUAUUCUUAGUUGAUAAAUGAUGCCAGAGGUAGGUGUGCAUAAUCUCACCACAGCAUUUCAAACCUUUUGUCAAAAGCACAGCAAAUUAGGUUAGAAAUUUGUAAUUCUGAUGGAAUUAAUUUGAAAUCUAAAAUUCACUUGUUCAUCUUUGUUUCUCUAAUUUCCAUAAAGAAAUACAUGUGAAGCUGUAAUAAAUUUAAUUCAUGUCUCUGAGAAAAGGAGUACAUGCUUAAUUAAAAGCCCAUAACUUCUGACACAAUAAUUUAGACGAGUAAUAUAUUCUCACCUGUUAACUGGCAGGCAUGGUAAUUGUGUUAAAUAUCACUUUUCUACAAAUUAUCUUUUAUCAUAAGCAACAGUUGUUAUAUUAUGACUUUUAAUUUUUAUCAACAGCGUUAAAUGAGGUUUAUUGGCUUUAUGUGGUUUGUUAUAUGACAAACAAAGAUUGCAUGCUGUAGUAUCUCUCUCAUAGGAAAAUGAUAUUUUUAUGAAAGAACUCAAAGAAAAACUGAUUCUGUUCAUAUUAUGAAUGGAGAAAAUCCCAUUCAGUGGGAACCAACCUUACUGAAACUGUAAGAUUUACGGUGUUAAAGUAAAUGAGCAAAGCCAAGUUCAUGUAUUUCAGAUCUGUGAUUAAUAUAGUGCUCAUAUAAAGUAGAUGAUCUGUGUUAUUUAUGAACUCUCAUAUUUAUCAUAAUGUUUGAGAUCUUUAAAUGUUUAUUUAUAUUCCUUUAUUACAUUUUUUGGUGUUUUUGUUUUAUCUAGAAUUAAUAUACAUUUUUAGCAGUUUAAAAUAUAAUAUAUCUAUAAUAUGUAAAGUAAAUAAUACUAUGAAAAUUUAUUAGCUCCAUUUUUUACUAUUACAGAAAAAAGUUUAAAUUCUGUAUUUUUCUGAUGUGAUUAUGAUCAUAUAUGAAUACUUUUCAUUUUUAAUUUUAUUUGUAAUAUUCACUGUAUAUAAGAGCUGUAUAUAUUAAUAAAGUCUAACAAGUCUUUUAUUGGAUGUUCUAUUAGUCAACAUUUUUAAAGAAAGUGUCUAUUAAAUCUAUAAUUUUCUAAAUGCUUUUUAUAGUUCACAUCUAUUGCAUAAAAACAUUAAAAGUAUAACUGACUAAA